AUGACGCUCGACACUCCACUUUCCGACACAGUCCCGACAAAACCUGCUGAUGAUGAUUCUCCGGACAGUAAAAAAGGGUUAUCAGAGAAAGAAGACGCGGUGAAGAAUCAGCUGGAGUUGGAACUGGACGAUGGAGAAGAGUUCUUGGCUGAUGAAAUCAAUGAUUGGGAAUUCGAUGCUCUUGAUGACACUCACCACCUCGAAAACCAAUAG